CAAGUAGGCGGACCAGACCGACCAUGCCGCCGUCGCUCCUUCCCCGACGCUCGUAGCCUCUCCGCUCCACUCCACCCCACCCACCGCCCUCCGCGCCGAUCACGCCCGCCUCCAUCCAGAUCAGGCGCCGCGCCUCCGCCUCACUCCCUCCCCUCGCCGCUCCCUCAGGGCCGCCGUGGGGGCGGGGAUCCGCUCCACCCACCCGGGCGUGCGUGGAUUCGCUCCUCCUCUUCUCGCAGGAUUUGGAUCUUAGAGUAAUGAAAUAAAAUGCUCCUCAAAAGCAAAUUUAAGUUGGCCACAGCCAUCGGCAUUGUGCUGUCGAUGCUAUCGCUGCUUGUGCACCUUUUUCUUGCAAAUUAUUCUGCUGGGGGUAUCACAAAAUACAGCAUGCAUAUGGAUGAUGUCCUUCCAUUUGGACCGAGGCCUCGACCACGAAGAUUGUGGGGUCCAUUGAGUACACUUGAUCACCUACAUCCUUUUUCAAAACCUAGAAAACCCUAUGCUGCUCCUAGUAAGCAUAACGGUUUUAUUUAUGCAAAGAUAUACGGUGGCUUUGAGAAGAUACAGUCUUCAAUCUGUGAUCUUGUUGCCGUUGCUAGGCUCUUAAAUGCCACUCUGGUUAUUCCAGAGAUACAAGCAACAACUCGUGCAAAAGGCAUCAGUCCAAAGUUCAAAAGCUUUUCUUAUCUAUAUGAUGAAGAGCAUUUCAUAGCUGCACUUUCCAAUGAUGUGGCUAUUGUGCAUGGCUUGCCAAAGGAUCUUAGGGAGGCUAGAAAAAAGAUCAAAUUUCCCACAGUAUCUCCUAGGAAUUCUGCCACUCCAGAAUACUACAUCACAAGAGUCUUGCCCAGACUUGUAGAAUCAAAAGUUAUUGGGAUAAUUGUUAAUGGAGGUAAAUGUCUCCAGUCAGUUCUCCCUGCAAGCUUGGAGGAAUUUCAGAGGCUUAGGUGUAGGGUAGCUUUCCAUGCUCUGAAGUUCCGACCCCAAAUUCGGGCUCUUGGGAGCCAAAUUGUAGGACGGUUGCGAGCAUCUGGCCGUCCUUAUCUGGCUCAUCAUCCAGGAUUGCUAAGAGAUACUCUAGCUUUUCAUGGUUGCGCUGAACUAUUCCAGGAUAUUCAUACAGAACUUAUUCAGUAUAGAAGGAACCAGAUGAUCAAACGAGGAACUGCAAAGGAACAGCUAACAGUUGAUUCAGUGUCCAGAAAGAUGGGUGGUUCGUGUCCACUCAUGCCAGAAGAGGUUGGACUUCUACUUCAAGCAUUAGGUUAUCCGCCAACCACGAUCAUAUUCUUGGCUGGUUCUGAGACUUUUGGUGGGCAGAGAAUGCUUAUUCCUCUACGAGCUAUGUAUGCUAACCUAGUUGAUCGCACUUCAUUAUGUAGUCAGAGGGAGCUAUCUGAUUUAGUUGGGCCAGAAGGUCCCCUUGCCUCGGAUAUGCCUCAUCCUCCACCUCCCAAAAGCGAGAAAGAACUCAUUGAAGAAUGGAAGAGAGCUGGGCCUCGUCCAAGGCCGCUGCCCCCACCUCCUGCAAGACCAUUCUAUGCCCAUGAGAAGGAAGGCUGGUAUGGUUGGAUCGGUGAGAAUGACACAGAACCAGAUGCUUCACCCAUUGAAUUUAGGAGGCAAGCGCACCGGUUGAUCUGGGAUGCACUUGAUUAUCUUGUUUCUGUUGAAGCUGAUGCAUUCUUCCCUGGAUUUCACAAUGAUGGGAGUGGUUGGCCGGACUAUUCAAGUUUGAUCAUGGGGCACCGGUUGUACCAAACUCCAUCCAGUAUAACCUAUAGGCCUGACAGAAAGAUUGUUGCUGCUCUGUUCGAAAACGUUAGUGAUCGUCGGUACCACCCACCGCGGAAUUGGACAAUUGCUGCACGUGAGCACCUCAAUAAGAGUGCAGGUGUGGAAGGCGUCGUAUCAGCAGCUAUGUUGUUAAAACCUGUAUCAUUUCUCGCCCACCCGCUGCCAGAGUGCUCUUGCAGAACGACAAAGUCACUGGCUGUUCAACCAGUCAAAGAUAACCAUGGCAGACUCAUAUUUGGAGGUGAGGAAGAGUGCCCUGAUUGGAUGGCGCGCAGCCUGGCUAUGACGUCUGCCAAGAAUAAUGAACCUCAAAACGAGGACUACGAGGGUGAGUUGCCUGAAGAUGACUCCAGCCCGGACACACAGCAGGAAUCUGACAGAAGUGACACAAAUAAAUCUUCGGAGCAAGACGAAGAAAUGGAUCCAGAUGAUUAGAAAAAUGUGGAGCAUGGAUGUGUGGCACACCUUUUAACCGCUAUGAGCUCCUGGUUACUCGAGCAAUUGAAGCAUACACUGAAAUGAUCUACUGGACCAGCAGGCAUCAUCUUGCAGCAACACAGGCAUCCUACAUGUUGCAGGGACGACAAGAUCGUCGAUGCCAGGAGCUUGCCUGGAUUAUCCUCGGUAGACCUCGAUACGGAAACUAACACUUGGUUCUUUUCCCCCUUCAUGUCUCGCUCAUUUUUGUGGGUGCAGCCCAAAGAAAUUGUUUAUGUACAAAUGUCUAUUAAAAAGGGAAACACACUAUUUUUUCGGUGAUUUGAUCUCUAGCAUCUUCGAGUGAAUCAUGCUAGCUUCUGGCUUAUUCAUGUGCAUCGUAAAAUACAGGACAGUUUUGUUUC